GAGAGACGCCAGUCCGCACUCCGUCGCUGUGGUAACGUCUGGGAAGGGGAGACACCGAGCAGCAGCUCACAUUCAUACUUCAGACGGAUAUUAAAGAAAAAGACAAACAAACAACCGGCUGGAGUUACAUUACAUGUUGCUUCGAGCGUGAAAUAAGGCUGGAGGGAUAUUUUGUUAUUAACUUGACGUCGUUUGGAACUAAAACCUGAGCGGGAUAUAUGAACUCAACGGGACGCUGAGCAGGAGCACAAAAAUAACUUUUUAACUUAUUGUUCCUCGCCGAGGAAUUAUCGUUUCUUUCCGCUCCAACAGUGGAACAAGUAGGCUACAAGUCGCUUGAAGUUGUGCUGUUUUCUUCCUCAUUGUGGAGCUACUGCUGCGGUGUGUGUGUGUGUGUGUGUGUGUGUGUGUGUGUGUAUGUGUGUGUUGGCGGUGAGCGAGACACCAGAGAAGCGGAGGCUCGUCAGCCACCUGACCUCCUGGAAAAUUAGACCUUAGCUAAUGCCACGCAGGCUGAGAUCCUUACGUGGCUCAUUACUAAGCCCUGCGACGGAGCGGGAACAGUGUCCACCAGGCUGUUGCAUGUCCAGUCCUGACGCAGCAUUCCGCUCCUGAAGUUUGUCCAAUUCAAUUACUGAUAUCGAAAUGACGGUAAGUGCUAAUUAAUGUGUGUCAAAUGUGAAACGGAAUUUGUUUGACUCUAUUGAAGUUCCUCCUCUCAUCGCCCUGUGCGGCAAAUAUCGAGUAAUAAGUGGAUAAACUGUCUGAGCCCGACAACAUGGAUAUAAACGGAGUGCACGUCCUCCAGUGGUCGUGAUGCCAAGCGCCGGUCUAAUCCCGUGCAACCAGCCCGCAAUGCCUGCUCUCUAACCCCGCACCAGUGUGGCGCCGUGUCCCGGUCUCACCGCCAGGAUGAGCAGCACCGACCUGGAGCGCAUGUCGCUCAGCUCCUCGGCCAACUCCGUGGCCUCCAGUGCGCGGACUCUGUCGGCCAACGUGAAGAAGCUGCACAACGCUCUCAACCUCCUGCUCAAUGACUUCGAGAGGGAGCAGUUCAUCCACUGCCUCAACGUUUACCACUCCAAGCGGAACGUGUAUGACCUGGUGCAGACCCUGAACGUCAUCCUCAAUGCGCCCAGCAAGAGGCAACUUCUGCCCAUGCUGCGGCUGGUCAUCCCCCGCUCUGAUCAGCUCCUCUUCGAGCAGUACACCUCGGAGGGCCUCUAUUUAAAAUCGGAUUUAGCUGCAAGCAAUGGCAACGCUGAACCCCCACCGGGGGACUUCCCAGGCGCCAGCCCGACUCCUUCGGGGCAUUUUUCCCCAAACAACCAGCCUGAGUACCAGGUCGCGUUGCGGGGUUCUCCGGACAGCUUCAGCACCAGCAGCGAGGGGACAGCUCCCCUGGUGCCGCUGCUCGGGAGAAACUUUAUCCACGAACCGCCUGGAGAGAUACGGCAGGUCAACAUGAAGCGGCACAAGAGCAACGAGGGCCUGGGCUUCAGCAUCCGGGGCGGCUCGGAGCACGGGGUCGGCAUCUACGUGUCUCUAGUGGAACCGGGGAGCCUGGCGGAAAAAGAGGGUCUCAGGAUCGGUGACCAGAUCAUGAAAGUCAACGACAAAGUCUUCGACAAAGUCACUCAUGCUGAAGCGGUGAAGGUGCUGAAGGGCAGUAAAAAGCUUUGCCUCUCUGUGCGCUCAGUCGGGCGGAUUCCAGGCGGAUACGUCACCAACCAUGUUUAUACCUGGGUUGACCCUCAGGGCCGAGGUGUGUCCCCUCCCCCUGACCUGCCUGAGCAUCGGAGCGCCACCCUGAGAAGAACUGACAGCCAGAGACGCAGCAACAUGCAGCUUCUGCAGGAGGGAGACGAGAAGAAGGUCAACCUGGUUUUGGAUGACGGCCGGUCUUUGGGUCUGAUGAUCCGAGGGGGAGCAGAAUACGCUUUGGGAAUUUACAUCACCGGAGUAGACCAAGGAUCGGCAGCAGAGUGUGGAGGACUCAAGCCUCUGCCUGGUCCACCCUUGCCACCUCGCUCAGUCCCCUCCACCGCCCCUCUGUGUGUUGCUCCCUCCAAACAGGUGGGCGACCAGAUCCUGGAGGUGAACGGACGCAGUUUCUUGAGCAUCCCGCAUGACGAGGCCGUCAGGGUCCUAAAGUCAUCGCGGCACCUGAUGAUGACGGUGAAAGACGUGGGCCGUCUGCCGCAUGCCAGGACAGUGGUGGGUGAGACCAAGUGGAUCGCCAGCUCACAGAUCGCUGAGAGCUCGGCCAACAGCAGCGUGGCAAGCUUCUCGAUGGACAAAGGAGCCUCUGCGGCAGGAAAGUCUGGGUUCUAUAAAGGCGUAGCGGGCUCACAAGUGACCCUGUCCAGCCUGGUGAACCAGUCUCGGGCCAUGCUGGAGGAGCAGGCUCGUCACCUACUGACAGAGUCGGAGCGGCAGACGAUGGGCUACUACGUGGAGGAGUACCGGGACGGACACAUCGGAGUGGAGCAGCUCGUCGUGGCGCUGUUUGAGCUGCUUAACACACAUGCGAAGUUCUCUCUGCUGUCGGAGGUGCGAGGCCUGGUCACACCGCAGGACCUGGAGCAUUUUGACGGGCUGGUGCUGCGACGAGAAAUCCAGGCUCUCAAAGCAAGACAGGGGACAGGUGGAGCAACGGCACACCAACCAGACUCCCUCUCAAUGGUGUCGUAUCCGGACACCCUGACCUCGUCUUCAGCCAGCUUCAUGACCAACACCACCCUGAGCUCUGCACGGAACGACAGCGUGGCCGAGAGUAAUGAGGGGGAUCCUCCGGAGAGUCUGAACACGCUGCUGACCGACAUCUCUCUGGAAAACCAAACACCACACUGGUUCGAGUUAGUACAUAGGAUCAAAUUAAAGGAUGACGUACAGUCCACCACAGCUGACUCUCCCCCCUCCUUCAAGCCUCCACCCCCACCGGGGGUGCAGAGGCGCCCGACUAGACGAGAUCAGCUCAACAAAUGCCCCUCGUCUGAAUCCUCCCACUCAGGCUUGUACUUCACAGCCCAGACCUCUCACAACCACAGCAAAGAGCCAGGACGCACGGCAGCCUCGCCCUCUCUGCACCACAAACGAGAACACCCAAAGGACACUUCUCGGGACUACGCAGUGGUCAGAAAGAGAGACCCCCCUGUUCCUUCAAAGAAGGACCAAAUUACAUCUGCCCAGUUGUCAAAGGUCAUCCAGCACAGCAUCGGCCCCUUCCCCAGAGUCCAGUCCCCAAACAGAGUCACCAAACCUACUCCCCCUCCCCCUUCACCUCCACCGCCACCACCACCUCCACUCCCUGCUCCUCCUCCUCCACCCCCAUCUCUGCCUCUCAAGCCAGUUUCCAUGUCCAAAGCGUCCUCUCCUGGUGCUAAACCGCAGUUUGUUACAGUGGAGGUUCACAGACCCAACGCAGAGCCCGACGUUAACGAGGUGCGCCCGCUGCCUCAAGCUCGAGGUGGCGCCCUAUCUCAGCUGUCAGACAGCGGGCAGACCCUCAGUGAGGACAGCGGGGUGGACAUAGCUGAGUCAGGACACAUCAGCAAAGACAGCAGCCCCAAUUCCUCACGCACACACCAACCUCCAGACACGCAGCGGGGCGGGGGGGAAAACCCCUCCAAACCGCCGGGCCUGUUGGAGCCCACUUCUACACUAGUUAGGGUUGCAAAGAGUGCCAGCACCCUGGGGAUUGCCAUUGAAGGUGGAGCCAACACUCGCCAGCCCCUGCCACGGAUCGUCACAAUACAAAGGGGGGGCUCAGCUCAUAACUGCGGACAGCUCAAAGUGGGUCAAGUGAUCCUGGAGGUUAAUGGUAAUUCCAUGAGGGGCCGUGAGCACAGGGACGCCGCACGCAUCAUCGCUGAGGCCUUCAAAACCAAAGAGAAGGACCACGUGGACUUCCUGGUGACCGAGUUCAAUGUGGCUCUAUAGCUGAGGAGAGGAGGAGAGAGGACGAUGACAAGGAAGAGUCGGAGAGCCACAGGAGUGAAAGAGAAUUUAAGCUUUUAUUGAUUUGAAUGGCACAACUGUUGAAGACUGAAACAAACCACUAACUGAUCUCUGAGCCCUUCUUCUUUCUCAUAAAUCCUUCCUCGUAUCUGGAUAUGUGAUUCCUCUGAUUUACAAAGUACUACUUCUGCUGUGGACUUCGUCAAGGAUUCUCCUCAACAUGUUACCUCCCCACUGUGAGACUUUAUGCACUAAAUGGAAAGUUGUGAACCUUUCGUUCAUCCUUUCAGUGUUAUACAUCGUGGACUUACAACCAUUGAAACCCACCGAGACUUAUCGUAGCACUCCCGCCCCCCCAUGGUCACUUUGAUUGAUUUAUAUUUUGCUUCAAUGUGAGAGACAACUGCUCAUCUAAGACUGAUUCAUGCUCCACUUUGUAUAUGUACAAAUGAACAAAUGUAGAUACAGAUGCAUAUAUAUAUACUGUACACAUAAAGAUCCUAUAUGAAUUAUAAACCCCCUAAACUUAUUGCAUCAUCAACAUAUAGUUAUAUAUUACAGAGAUGAUUAGUGAGGCUAUCCUGACAAUACAGGAUUCUACAAAUUUGACAUUAAUGCUACUGGCCUGUCUACGUUUUAUCACUUUUUCACAAAAGGAAAUGGAUUGAGCCACUUUGGGCUGACAUAAAAAUAUUUUACAUGCUUUUAUUUCUCAGAUUUGUCAGAUUUUUAUUGUCAAUGAUAGAAAUCAUCAUGUGGACAUAAAUGCGACUAUUCCUG